AUGUCCCUCAAGGAGACGCUGAAGUACGAGAGGGAGCGCUCCGCGGUCGAGAAGAUUGACCUUCAGGAGGAGAUCGAGAAGCGCGACGAUACCAUCGCGACGCUGACCGCCAAGAUAACCCGACUCACCAAGGCACUCCGUGUGUCAGACGCACGGAGGAUGCCGGCGGUGCCGCCGGUCGUCGAGUCGGGAUUCGUCGACCGCCACACCCUCCUCAAGGGCGCGACGCAGGGUGCGCACGACAUGAAGGUGUGCCGCAUGCUGAAGGCCAUGGAUGCAGUGCGCCUUCUUCGCUCGAGUGACGGCGAUACCGACACCGAAGCCGUUGUCGACGCCCUGAACAAGAUCGCGGCGCCAGGCAUCGGGACAUUCUGCGAUGCCCUCACGGUGCUCAAACCGGGAACCGCUCCGACGAAGUCCAAGGAGCCUGGCAUGGGCGUCAAGGGGCUGGGCCCCACGUCGGUCUCGAAGCUUCGUCUCGCCUGUGCGCUGGUGGCGGUCAACUUGAAGCCGAGUGCUUGGGUCGCCGUCCAGUUUCCAGACAUCUGGGAGGAUCAGAUGCCGAAGACCGUGGCCGACAUGGCCAAGCAGACCGCACCUGUGCUGCGUCCUCCGACGAAGCGCAAGAAGGCGGCAUGA